UCAAAACUUGAGCAAAAACUUCCAUGUUUUGAUACACACUUGAAAAUCAAAUGGCUUCUUGGUUUGAAAGACACGCACUUCAGCAACCCAAAGAAAUAGAAACUCCUCCAAGAAAUUACAAGAAUAAGAAGAAGAACAGAGAAAAGAAGCCAAAAAGCUUUGAUGAAUCCAUCUUGAUACCCCAAAAUUCUCCAACAAUUUUUGCAGCUAAUAAUGGUUACUAUUCCGCAUCCUCUGUUCCUCAUUCCUACACUUGUACAAAAGAAAAAAAACUUUGUCCUCUUCCUUUGCCUUUACCAUUGGAUUCACCUCAUUUCUCUACAAGAUCAAGUAGUGGAUCUUCCUCUACUUCAUCUGAUCAGUUCAAUGAUGACGAAGAACUAGCUCAAGACCACUUGUCAUUUAGUCCAUUCAGAAAUAAAUACAAUGAGAGUUCAAAGUCUACCUCGCCUUGUACUUCACCAACAUAUCCAAUAUUGGUAUGGGGAAAGAUUUUGGAUUCUCCCACUGGAAAACAAGAAAGUUGUAAUCAUCCGCGCCAUCCUCUUCCUCUUCCACUUCCCCCAAAUUCUUGUGCUAAAUCAGUAGGGCAAGCUCUUGAGUCCAAAUGGAAGAAAGGAAAGUUGUUAGGAAGAGGAACAUUUGGGCAUGUCUAUGCUGGAUUUAAUAGCGAUAAUGGACAAAUGUGUGCUAUAAAGGAAGUAAGAAUCGUCUCCAAUGACAUAAAAUCAAAAGAACGUCUCAAGCAGCUGACUCAGGAAAUCACAUUGCUCAGUCAAUUCUCACAUCCAAACAUUGUACAAUACUAUGGAAGUGAAUUGAGAGGAGACAAAUUGUCUCUCUACUUGGAGUAUGUCCCUGGAGGAUCAAUUCUCAAACUAGUUGAAGAAUAUGGUCCUUUUGAAGAAAAAAUUAUCAGCAGCUACACUCGAAAAAUUCUCUCUGGACUAAUCUUCUUACACGAGAGAAACAUCGCACACAGAGAUAUUAAAGGAGCAAACAUACUAGUAAAUGCUAAAGGUGAAAUCAAGCUUGCAGACUUUGGAAUGGCUAAACAUAUAAAGACAUGUUCUUUGAUGACUUCUUUCAAAGGAAAUUCAAAUUGGAUGGCUCCAGAGGUAGUACAGGAUGCAGGAUGUUCCAGUGUUGCUGUAGAUAUUUGGAGCCUAGGUUGUACUGUUCUUGAGAUUACAACAGCUAAACCUCCAUGGGGACAAUAUGAAGCAGCUGCAUUAUUCAAACUGGCAGAUGGCAAAGACAGCCCUGAGAUUCCCAGGAACCUCUCAGAUAAUGCAAAGAGUUUUCUGAAACUUUGCCUGCAGAAGAAUCCAAGACGCCGGCCCACGGCUGCUCAGCUGCUACAUCAUCCAUUUGUUCAGGUGUAGUUGUGAGAAAGAGUAGGUCACACAUCUUGAUGAGAAUACAUCACUAAUCAGCCAAUUUAACGGUUACAGACACGACUGAACAAGUUGCUCGCUUGGAUCUUAAAGACCGGUUGAGCAAGGCGAUAAUGAACAAGAGUUGCUAUUCAAACUAUAGCAAGAUGGGAAAGAACUCGAUUGGAGAAAUGAACCUCAAGAACUAAGCCAAGACAUAACAUCCGAUAUAUCAUAAGAUAUUUUCAAUACCAGUAUAGACACCAGAUUCAUAGACACAUUACUCAAGAUUACUGGGAGGCAUCAACAUAAAGGCAUUUUGUGCACACAAAGAGGAGCAGAGACAAGAAAGUGAUAUAGAUAGUCUUUUUUUCACCUUUUGUCAAUUGUUAAAUAUGAUAAAAUUCAAAAUAAUCACUCAUUGGUAAA